UCUCGGCAGAGGAUAGACGUUUUGGAUAGCAGUGUCCGUGUUUUUCGUCGUGUUUCAUUCAAUUUUCACCGGAUUUUAGGGAAUUGUGUAGUGCAAAAGUGCAUAGAGUGUGUCACGGAACCUUUUCCCAGCCACCUUCAUCCACAAGACGGUGAGCGCGGAAUAGAAGGCGCGUCGAGUGCGGGUGGUUCCAGCCACCUAAAACCUCCGCCCCAGGGCCAUCAAUCAUCUCCACCCACGAGGUAUUUGGAGGAAAUUGUUGGAUAUCAGUGAAAAGGAUUAAGUAAAUUAUCCUCAGUGUUGAAAGUGAUAGUGUGUUAGUGGCAUUGUUGAGAUCAUAGAAAAGAAAAGAGUAAAGAAGAAGUGAAAGAAAUAGUGUUUACGGAGGAUUCUUGUGCAGCCAUGAACGAGGAUUCUCGCGGAAUAAUGUGGAUUCUAUUGGCCGUUCUUGUCAUCUUUGCUACACCAAAAGUGGAUGCUGCAACAAAUGAUGCUGACCUCAAAGGACCCGUUUUCCUCAAAGAACCUACAAAUCGCGUGGACUUUUCCAAUUCAACUGGAGCUGUUGUAGAAUGCAAAGCCAGCGGAAAUCCACCUCCGGAGAUUAUUUGGGUCCGAAGCGAUGGGACAGCCGUUGGGGAUGUUCCUGGACUACGUCAGAUUCUGCCCAAUGGUAAUUUGGUCUUCCCACCAUUCCGAGCUGAAGACUACCGUCAGGAGGUGCAUGCUCAAGUCUAUGCGUGUCUGGCGAAGAAUCAGAUCGGAUCCAUCAUAUCUCGAGACGUGAAUGUUCGUGCUGUUGUUUCCCAGUACUAUGACACAGAUGUCAAUAAAGAGUAUGUGAUUCGUGGCAAUUCAGCCGUGAUGAAGUGCCAAAUUCCGUCAUUUGUAGCGGAUUUUGUGGAAAUUGUUUCCUGGCACACCGAUCAAAAUGAAAGUUUUCAUCCGAAAAUGGAUUAUGUUGUUCAACAAUUCUAUGAGGCUGAAGUUAACAAUGAAUAUGUUAUUCGGGGAAAUUCUGCUGUACUUAAGUGCUCAAUACCAUCUUUUGUGGCGGAUUUCGUGAGUGUCCUGUCGUGGCAGGAUGACUCAGGAAAUACUUAUGGAUCAGCUAUGGAUAGUUUUCAUGGCAAUUCAAAGGUGGUUAAUCAAUACUACGAGGCAGAAGUUGUGUCUGAAUAUGUAAUUAAGGGUAAUACGGCUGUGCUCAAGUGCACUAUACCAUCUUUCGUGGCAGACUUUGUGAGAGUUGAAGCGUGGGUGGCGCACGAUGGCACAGAAUUCCUGCCAGCAGACAAUUUUGUUGUCAAUCAAUUUUAUGAGGCGGAAAUUCUCACUGAGUAUGUAAUCCGGGGAAAUGCUGCCGUUCUAAAGUGUUCAAUUCCAUCCUUUGUGGCGGAUUUUGUUAAAGUGGAAUCCUGGGUGGAUGAAGAUGGACUUGUUCUAGUUUCAACGGAAAAUUAUGUCGUGACCCAAUUCUACAUAACUGAAGCGGAAAAUGAGUACGUUAUUAGAGGAAAUACGGCUGUGAUGAAGUGCAAGAUUCCAUCCUUUGUAGCGGAUUUUGUUUACGUAGAAGCUUGGGUAGCUGAAGAUGGCACGGAAUUAACCUACUCUAGCGAUACGAGUACCUUUGUUGUUAUUCAACCUUAUGAAGCCGAAGCGGACAAUGAAUAUGUUAUUCGGGGAAAUUCUGUGGUUAUGAAGUGCGAGGUACCGUCUUUUGUGGCGGAUUUUGUAUCUGUGGAUCUCUGGAUGGAUUCACAGGGAAAGACUUAUUAUCCGGGAAAUGAUCAACCAAUGGUCGUCAAUCAAUUCUAUCAAACUCGCGUUAUUGACGAGUUCGUUCUCAAGGGAAAUGCUGCUAUUCUAAAAUGUCUCUUGCCAUCAUUUGUGGCUGAUUUUGUGUCAAUCGAUGCGUGGAUUUUGGAUGAAACUGUUGAAAUUAAUUCAUCAAUUGAGGAUAACAACUUGGUCGUCAACCAAUUCUAUCAAACUCGAGUGAAUGAUGAGUUUGUUCUGAGGGGAAAUGCAGCGAUACUCAAAUGUUUAUUGCCGUCUUUUGUGGCGGAUUUUGUGUUGAUCGACGCGUGGAUUUUGGAUGAAACCCUCGAAAUAACAUCGUCAAUUGAUGAGGAGAAUAACUUUGUUGUCAAUCAAUACUAUGAGGCUCAGGUGUAUGAUGUUUUCGUGAUAAAGGGAAAUGUGGCCAUUUUCAAGUGCAACAUACCUUCUUUUGUGUCUGAUCAUGUUGAGAUUAUUGAAUGGACAGACACAGAGGGUGGUGUCUAUUCCACGGAAGCAAAAUUCGUUAUUUUUCAAAGCUACUCCGUCAAUGUGAUGGAUGAACAUGUUUUACGAGGAAAUACGGCCAUCGUUAAAUGCCACAUUCCCAGCUUUGUGGCUGAUUUCGUGGAGGUUUCCGCGUGGAUUGAAAAUGAAACGGAGGAACUUGUGGCCGAGAAUCUCUCAGGAGAUAUUUUCGACGGUAAAUACUUGGUGUUGCCGUCUGGAGAGCUUCAUAUUCGCGAAGUUGGACCUGAGGACGGUUACAAGAGUUAUCAAUGUCGCACAAAGCAUCGAUUAACUGGAGAGACUAGAUUGAGUGCUACCAAGGGUAGAUUGGUGAUCACGGAACCCAUUGGAAGUGUUCUCCCAAAAUUUCCAACUGGAGAUAGUAGUCGAUCCUUUAGUGGUUACAGUGGUUCAACUUUAACCCUAUUGUGUCCUGCUCAGGCUUUUCCGUUGCCGGUAUUUAGAUGGUACAAAUUUAUCGAGGGCACAACGAGAAAACAGGCUGUGGUGCUCAACGAACGUGUGAAACAGGUCUCAGGGACUCUGAUCAUCAAGGAUGCUGUGGUUGAGGAUAGUGGAAAGUACCUCUGCGUGGUGAAUAAUUCUGUAGGGGGAGAGAGUGUGGAGACAGUACUUACAGUUACGGCACCUCUGUCAGCUAAAAUUGACCCACCGAGUCAGACAAUUGACUUUGGACGACCAGCUGUGUUCACAUGCCACUUCUCAGGGAAUCCCAUCAAGACAAUCUCAUGGAUGAAGGAUGGCAAGUCCAUUGGGCACAGUGAUGCCAUUCUCCGGAUUGAGUCAGUGAAGAAGGAGGAUAAGGGAAUGUAUCAGUGUUUCAUUCGAAAUGACCAGGAAUCGGCUGAAGCGAGUGCUGAAUUGAAGCUUGGCGGAAGAUUUGAUCCACCAGUUAUUCGGCAGGCUUUCACUGACCAGGUCCUCCAUCCGGGUCCAUCGAUGUUCCUCAGAUGCGUUGCUGGUGGAAAUCCCACUCCUGAAAUUUCCUGGGAGUUGGAUGAGAAGAAAAUUGUCAACAAUGAUCGUUUUCAAGUGGGCCAAUAUGUCACAGUUAAUGGGGAUGUUGUGUCGUAUUUGAACAUAACUUCCAUUCAUGCAAAUGACGGAGGACUCUAUAAAUGUAUUGCAAGUAGCAAGGUGGGUGUUGCGACCCAUUCGGCCAAACUCAAUGUCUUUGGACUGCCGUACAUUCGACCAAUGGAGAAGAAGGCAAUUGUUGCUGGUGAAACCCUCGUUGUGACCUGUCCAGUUGCUGGACAUCCCAUCGAAUCAAUUGUCUGGGAGAGAGACAAUCGAGCACUGCCAAUAAAUCGAAAACAGAAAGUCUUCCCCAAUGGUACCCUCAUUAUUGAGAAUGUCGAGAGGAAUUCAGACCAGGCGACAUACACUUGUGUGGCCAAAAAUGCAGAAGGAUAUAGUGCUAGAGGAGCCCUAGAAGUUCAAGUUAUGGUUCCACCCCAUAUCAAUCCCUUCUCCUACGAGGAUGACGUCAAUCCUGGGGAUUCUGUUGAUUUUCUGUGUCAGGUGUCCAAGGGGGAUCGUCCGGUAAAGAUAUCGUGGAAUUUUCAUGGGUUGUCUGAGAUGAAGGAUUUGGAGAUACGUACAAAGAGGAUUUCUGAGAGGUCCUCUUUGUUGUCAAUCAAAGUUGUUACACCGGAUCACAGUGGAAAUUAUACGUGUACUGCAUCAAAUGCAGCAGCAACGACUAGCUACACAGCAACACUCACAGUCAAUGUUCCACCUCGUUGGAUUUUGGAGCCGACUGAUAAAGCUUUUGCACAAGGCUCAAAUGCCAAGGUUGAGUGCAAAGCUGAUGGAUUCCCAAAGCCACAGGUGACAUGGAAAAAGGCUGUUGGGGAUACUCCUGGGGAUUAUAAGGAUUUGAAGGCAAAUGACAAUAUUCGGGUUGAAGAUGGUACACUCUUUGUCAAUAAUAUUCAGAAGAACAAUGAAGGAUACUAUCUCUGUGAGGCAAUCAAUGGGAUUGGUAGUGGUUUGAGUGCGGUGAUUCUUGUUAGUGUUCAAGCACCACCGGAAUUUACGGAGAAAUUGAGGAAUCAAACAGCCAGAAGGGGAGAACCGGCUGUGCUUCAGUGUGAAGCUAAAGGGGAGAAACCAAUUGGGAUUUUGUGGAAUAUGAACAAUAAUCGUCUGGAUCCAAAGACUGACAAUCGCUAUACAAUCCGAGAAGAGAUUCUGACCACUGGAGUUAUGUCAAGUUUGUCCAUAAAACGAACUGAACGCACAGAUUCUGCUCUGUUUACUUGCGUAGCCACAAAUGCUUUUGGAAGUGACGAUGCCAGUAUUAAUAUGAUUAUCCAGGAAGUUCCGGAAAUUCCCUAUGCCUUGAAAGUUUUGGAUAAAUCCGGAAGGACUGUUCAGUUGAGUUGGGCUAAACCGUACGAUGGAAAUUCCAAUUUGGACAGAUAUGUGAUUGAAUCUAAGAGAUCCCGUGGUUCCUGGGAACAUGAUGUUGAGAGAGUCUUUGUUCCUGGACACACAAAUGAAGCUCAAGUGCAAAAACUCAGUCCAGCUACCACGUACAACAUUAGGAUUAUCGCAGAAAAUGCCAUUGGAGUGUCUGAUUCGUCAGAAGUUGUGACCAUUAUCACAGCCGAAGAAGCACCUUCCGGAAAGCCCCAAAAUAUCAAGAUUGAUCCCAUUAGCCAAACAGCCCUGAGAGUUUCCUGGAAGCCACCAGCAAGGUCUGACUGGAAUGGCGAAAUCCUUGGGUACUACGUUGGCUACAGACUUACCAGCACAAAUACCUCUUACAUCUACGAAACCGUUAAUUAUGUCACAGAAGAGGGCAAGGAGCAUAGUCUCGAACUGAACAAUCUCCGAACAUAUACGCAAUACUCUGUAGUCAUUCAGGCAUUCAACAAAGUCGGCGCGGGUCCUCUGAGUGAUGAGGAGAAGCAGUACACGGCCGAAGGAACCCCUGAUCAGCCGCCAAGUGAUACAACUUGCACAACUCUCACGUCGCAGACGAUUCGGGUGUCAUGGGUGUCUCCGCCCCUGGAAUCCGCUAAUGGCGUCAUUAAGGGCUACAAAGUGGUUUAUGCUCCGAGUGAUUUGUGGUAUGAUGACAAAAACAAGGAUUACAAGAAGACCGCCUCGAGUGAUACGGUCUUGCAUGGCCUGAAGAAAUACACCAACUAUACCAUGCAAGUUCUGGCCACAACAUCCGGCGGAGACGGUGUCCGGAGUGCUCCUAUUCACUGUCAAACCGAACAGGAUGUCCCAGAAGCCCCAACAGACGUCAAAGCUUCUGUUAUGUCCAAUAAGGCGAUUUUGGUAUCCUGGCGUCCACCUACUCAUCCCAAUGGAGUCAUUUUGCAGUAUGUGGUCUAUGGGAAGGAGAAGGGAAGUGAGGGUGAACCCACCAGUCAGAAAGUGCCAGCAUAUCAAAUGAGUUUGGAAUCUUCGGGAUUGGAAGUGAAUAAGCCAUAUGAGUUUUGGGUGACUGCUAGUACGAUAAUUGGAGAGGGUCAGGCUAGUCGAAUUGUUAUGGCUAUUCCCAAUGAAAAAGUUCCGGCAAGAAUUGCUUCCUUCGAUGAUACCUUCACGGCCACAUUUAAGGAAGACACGAAACUUCCGUGUUUGGCUGUUGGUGCUCCAACGCCCGAUAUCAAGUGGAUGAUCAAGGGGGUGGUAUUUCAGCCGACUGAUAGGAUGCGUCAAUUGCCCGAGGGCUCACUAUUUAUCAAGGAGGUCACACGUCAAGAUGCCGGAGAGUAUACAUGCAUAGCUGAAAAUUCCAUUGCCAAGGAUUCAAUCACGCACAAAUUGAUCGUUUUGGCUCCACCUCAAUCACCUCAAGUUACUCUCACGACCACCACAACGGACUCCCUGACCCUCAAACUUAAGCCCCAUGACACUGACUCAGCUCCCCUGCACGGAUACACAUUGCACUACAAGCCGGAAUUUGGAGAUUGGGAUACGGUGGAAGUUGCUGUUGAUGCUCAAAAGUACACAAUUGAAAAUCUUUUCUGUGGCUCAAGGUAUCAGGUUUAUGCCACAGGAUACAAUACCAUUGGGGCUGGCGAGGCUUCGGACAUUCUCAACACGCGCACAAAGGGAUCCAAGCCAAUUCUCCCGGAAAUGUCUCGAUUUAUCGAUGUCUCUUCGAAUUCCAUCACACUCCGGCUGCCAACGUGGAAGGAUGGCGGAUGUCGCAUGUCGCAUUUUGUCGUGGAACACAAGAGAAAGGAUCAAACGGAAUGGAAUCAGAUUUCGAAUAAUGUGAAACCAGGUGGAAAUUUUGUGGUGUUGGAUUUGGAGCCGGCAACGUGGUACAAUUUGAGGAUAACAGCUCACAAUAGUGCUGGCUUCACUGUAGCUGAAUAUGAAUUUGCCACGCUCACAGUGACGGGAGGAACAAUCUCACCGCCACUGGGGAGCGAUACGAGGCCCGGCUUCAAGCAAUACCUGCCUUGGAUGCCUGAGUGGCUGGACCUUAAUUUUAUGGUGCCUUUAAUAGCGACCGUUAUUGUCGUCGCGGUGGGUAUUCUUGUGAUAUGCGUCGCUCUAUCCAGGCGACGGUUAGACGACCGUGGUGGACCAAAGGAUGUCUACUAUGAUGUAGUUUACAAUCAAACAAUGGGACCGGGAGCAACAUUGGAUAAGCGUCGACCGGACCUUAGGGAUGAGUUGGGUUACAUUGCCCCGCCCAACAGGAAGCUACCACCUGUUCCGGGCUCAAACUACAACACCUGUGACCGCAUCAAGCGAGGCCGUAGUAUGAGAUCUAAUCACUCCACUUGGGAUCCGAGGAGACCUCUGUAUGAGGAACUGAAGCCACCACCAAUUCCCAGGAGAUACCAUGGCUCAGAUGAAUGUUACCAUCCGCAUGGCACAGGUAUGGAGGAUGAAAUCUGCCCAUACGCCACGUUCCACUUGCUUGGGUUCCGGGAGGAGAUGGAUCCCACCAAGGCAAUGAACUUCCAGACCUUCCCACACCAGAAUGGCCAUGGGGCGCCUGGGCAUGUGGGUACUAUGGGACCACCGGGAACAAUGCAGCAUCCUGGACACGUGCAUUCACGCUCUGGAUCCCAAUCAAUGCCACGCCAGAACCGCUAUGCGCGCAAGAAUAGCCAAGGUGGUCAGAGUUCCAUCUACACACCGGCUCCAGAGUACGAUGAUCCGGCUAAUUGUGCUGAGGAGGAUCAAUAUCGUCGCUAUACUCGUGUCAAUUCUGGCUCACUGUAUGGCGGUCCGGGUGGUCCUGAGUACGAUGAUCCAGCCAAUUGUGCUCCGGAGGAAGAUCAAUAUGGUUCUCAGUACGGUGCCCCGUACGGAGCUCCAUAUGAUCACUACGGUUCUCGUGGCUCAGUUGGACGUCGCAGCGUAGGGUCCACCAGGAAUCUACCAAAUGGAUCACCAGAACCUCCUCCACCACCGCCACGUAAUCAUGCCGAAAGCAACUCUUCCUUCAAUGAUUCCAAAGAGAGCAACGAAAUAUCAGAGGCUGAAUGCGAUCGUGAUCAUGGACCCCGUGGAAAUUAUGGAGCCCUAAGGUCUCCUCAUCAGAAGGAUGGGCGCACAACUGAAGAAAUGCGCAAAUUGAUUGAGAGAAACGAAAUCGGCACCAAAUACCAACAACAAAGUGGCACCUCCGGACUCACAGCCUACGAUACUCUGGCAGUGUAAUUUAUAAGAUGAUCAACCCCAAGGAGGAACAGAUCGCGAUCAUUGAUUCCUUUGCCAUCUUAAGCUUAGCGAUUUUUAAAUUCGAAAGUCGAUAUUUAUUUUAAGAAAAAAAAAGAAAAGAAAAAACGACACACAAUUUGGUGCCAAAGAAAUUUGCUCCAUUUUUCUCUACCUAAUUUAUUAUAAAUUUUUCCUGCCAAUUUUUAUUUACAAUAUUUUUUUUUUAUUUCCCUGGAGGAAAAAUGCGAUCGCGAUCUACUGAAAAGAUUGAAGAAAUGUUUUUUCAAAAAUCACAAUUUUACAAAAAAAUAUGAUAUACAAAAUCAUAUGAUUUUUUGACUACAAGAAUUUUUUAAAUGUUUCUUGACACAUUUUUGUACUAUACAAGAAAAAAACUAGAUCCGAGGAGAGAUUAAAAAAAAACUCUUUAUAAUAUUUGUAAUUUUUCAAAACUUUGUAAUGUGUGAGAGGAAGGAUUCAGCACGAUUUUUAUUUCCAUUUAAUUAUGUUGUGUCAAUUUUAUUUAAAAAGCAUUUAGAGCUUUUCACAGGAAUUAUUUUGUUGGACACUUUGCAAAAGUGUCGAUUUAUUCAAUUUUCUCAAUUUCAAAAAUAAAACUUGGCGUGAAGAUAUCAUUUGGGCGUUUAAAAAAAAAACAACAGAAGGAUCUUUUAGUGAAGAUCAUUUGACUAUUUUAUAGAAAAUUUGUGUAUAGAAAGAGAUUUUUGUAUAGCAAAGAAGAAAAAAAACAUAAAUAGGAUGAAGAUAUAUAUUUUAGAAAGGGAUCAACUUGUAGGUUUCAUCACUUAAUUGAAGCAUUUGUUUUCAGGAGAAAGUUCCUCAAGAACACCAGCAAAAUCUCUUGUAUCAUACACUCUUAAAAUAAGGGAUUUUAUUUAGAAUAUCACGAGUAACAAUCGCACAUAAAACCAGUCAAAUAGGUAAUAAUAAUGGUAUAGUUGCUAUUUCUCUAACUUUGUCAAGGGUUUACUUUAAAAGUGAGGUUAAGAUAUAUCUAACCUCAAAAGAGUUAAAAUCAAACAAGGCGAUGGGAUUUAUUACGCGAAAGUUUCAUCAGUGUGAUCAGUUUUACUAAUAUUUUGAAUCUUCGCGAAGUUAUGCCCUUGACUCACUUAUGACUUAAGCCGAGUGACCUUAGCGUAAUUAUAAUCAAAAUAAUGAUAUGACUAAAGUCCCAUCAGUUUCCUACUAAGCCGUUUUUAGGCUUAGCCAAGAGGCGAAGUAAUCAUAAACUGAUGGAAAUGUAAUUUAAUCAUUAUUUUAAUAAUAACGACGUUAAAUCGUCUCUUUGCUUAAGUCAGAAGUAUGUCUAGGGCAUAAGAGUAAAAUUUAGGAUUACCUAGAGUUUUUAGGCAUGUCUGCAACGAAAAUUAAUUAUUUUACAAUUUUUUUAAAGUAAAGCCUGUUUUAAGAAGAAUCAUAAAAUAUUAGAAAAAAAUAGAUUUGAGAGACUGGACUGUACCAAACUCUCUUAUUUGAUAAAGAUGUUAGUUUGAAAUUUGAAGUUAUAGGUUAUAUUUAACAUAACCUCGAAAAUCCUGAUCGUAGCGAGAAUUCCGAAGUUUCAAAGUAUAAAUACAAUAUUUUAAGAAGUGCAUUUAAUAUUUUUUUUAUUUUGAUAAAUCUAAAGAAAAUAAUCAUGUUAGAACUGUCAGGGAAUCUGUAAGGACGGAACCCCUAAAGGCAAUCGCGAGGAUGAGCGCCUUUGCUUGCCAGAGGUUUCUUCAGAAUCGUUAGCGUUCCUCCUAAUGAUCUAUCCCUACGACGAUCCAACAUGAACUAAGUCUCAAUACUAAUUCUGUCUACUAUACCCUUCCCGAAGGGGUAACUCACAGGUUAGAACUAGAAAAGCUCUUAGGAGAAAUCGGCGCCGCUCCGAAAACAUCUAGGGUGUCAAUUCAAAGCCAGUGCUAAGAAUGAAUUCUAACCACUAAAUAUAGAAUUAUUAAAAAUAUAUUAGUAUUGAGGUUAUGUAGGCGAGCUGCGACAUCGACUAUAUUCGCGCGUUGACCGAUUUUUUAAAAGUGAAACUAAUUUUAAAAGGAAUCAUUACAAGAAAAAACUUAAAUUUGAGGGAUUGUGCCAAAUUCUUUUGUUUGGUAAAGAUGUUAUCUUGAAAUUUGAAGUUAUAUUAAACAUAACCUCAAAAAUCUAGUUACUAAAUUUCCGAAGUUUCAUGGUAAAAUCACAAUUAUCACCUAAAAGAUGAGUCAAAUUAUCGAAUCUUUUUUUUUUCUUUUUGAUUAAGUAAAACUAACCACGUCCAAUUGUUCUACCACGACCAAUUGACAUUUAUACCUCCUGUAACUAAUAUUUUUGGUGAAAACUUUUCAGAAAGUCAUUGACUUUUUGUUGACUUUCUAGAAUUUAUCAAAAAGCAUUUUAUUGAAAUGUAAUUUUAGGCGUGUUGUUCUGGUUAAUUUAGUUGCAGACGUCGUCGCAAAUAAUUUUUAUUGAACGUCUUCAUUUGGUAUAUUCAUAUAUAUUUAAUAAUCUACUUUUCGGGUUGAAUUAUUGAUAAAAAUUGCUCUCAGGCGUAACAUCUAAGAUAAUUUGCAAUUCCAUAAAAUCCUCUCUGGUUUUCGACGUUUUGAGUGACAUAACCUAACAUUUCCUCUUAACCUUUUGAUAAGUAAACUUUUAGUUAUGCAUUGGUUUAUUCAAGUUCUUUUUUGAUAAUUACCCUCAUAUGAAUUAUUUAGAUUCUUUUUAUUAAUAUUAAUAUUUCAAUAUUUAUCGCUAAAUUUCGUAUUUUAGAUCUUCGAAAGAAUAAAAUGCGUUCAGUUGAGGUUUUUUAGGGGAAAAGUUUAGCUUUAUAAUAACUUUCUUAGAAAAAUACAAACUUAAAGCACAUACCUUGGUGAAACUGAGUAUCCUAAUGAUAACAAAAGUUACUUUGUGUAUAUUCCUCUUGGUAAUUUUAAUAGGUUAUGUGGGAUGCAUAAUACAAUUUAAAGUCACUUCAAUUUCUAUAUUACAUUGAGAUGAGACUUCUAAGAGUUCCACACGUAAUUACAUUAACUCAUUAAAAAUAAGAUUGAUAUUUGAAGUUUUUUGACACAUAACCUAUAAACUGUCUUACUUUUUUUAGGUUAGACUCUUCCCAACCUCACAUUUUAAAGUAAAUCCUAAAGUGAAAGUUAGUGAAUGGAACAUAUAAAAUGAGAUCUUCCAAUAGUGAGAAUUUGAUGCUUUUAUCGGAGUUUACUGUCAUUCUUGCAAUUGUGCACAUAGAAGUAGAAAUUCCAUCCGAUUUCCCACCCUCAUAGUUGAAUCCCCUAUCCAUUCCCGGGAAAAUCCAUUUCAGGGAGAGGCAUCGUGAAUUGAAUCAGAGAGAUGAUAGCGUGAAAUGCAUUUUAACAUCACUAAAGUUUAGGAAAAGUGAAUGGAUAUGUUUUGAACACUUUUUUUUCUUAUUCCUUCAUGAAAAACUUUGACAUGUCUCUUGUUCUAAAUUUUAUUUUACUAAGUUAUCUGUAAGGAAAAAAAAACAAGAGUUGGUUGUGCUUGCAAAAGGUUGUGGAUUGAUUUUCCUCAAAAGAGUUGGUUUUAUCGAAGGAGGAAAUAAAUUUUGAGAAUUUUCCGGUAUCCCAUCUUCCAAAACAAAAACGAAAAAUAAAAAUAAAAACAAAUUCCUAGUCUUCGAAAAUAAUGAUUUAUCUGCAAAUAGUGAUUUAGCCAUAUUUUUAGCAGUAUGAUCAUUAGGGGGCCCAAAUGUAUCUUCACUCCAGGAAAUAGCAGGAGCAAAUGAGAAAAUGUUUUGUAUGAAAUCAACUUGAAAAAAAAUUGUGUUUAAAAUUUGAGUUUUCUGUGAGUUUUUCUUUGAUGAAAAACCUAAUUUCAGAGCUCAAAACGAUAAAAAGUGUAUAAUUUUUUAUUAAUUAUUGAUUGAAAAAAAUACCUUUGUGAUAUUUUAUUUAAAUUCUCACUUAUCAGUUGAUGAAUUUAAUUGUGUUUUUUUUUUAAUUAGGUGUAUUUUUUUUAAUAAAUUAAUUUUGUCGAGUCAUAUUUUUUCCUCUAAAAAUAAUAAAAGAAAAAAAUAGGCAUUUAAUUAGUGUCCAUGAUAAUCUUACAGUGGAUGAUGGAGAAUAUUGCGUAGAUCGCUUAAAAGCAUAAAAAAAAAAUUAAACUAAGAGGUAUAAAAUAUUUAAUAAAAGAAAAAAAUACUUAUAAUAACUAUGAGGAAACAUAAUUGUGACAUUCUAUCGUGAAUAACUUGAGAGAUAUAUGAACUAAUAGAGAUGUAGAAAGUUUUUUCUAAUAUUUUGUUUUUUUAAAUAUAUUUUUAAAAAUUAGUUUUUCCUUUGGUAAAAAAAUUUCGGCGACUGACGAGAAUUUGCUCAUUCUAGAUGUGCACGUAGAAUGAAAUCAAAAUUUGCAAAUUUCUCUUAUGAUUAUUAAAAAAAAAACAGAAGAAUUUCUUUUUCUAAAUUUAUUUAAAUGCAUUUGGAAACACAAAAUCAAAUUUUACAAGAUAGAAAGAGUUGAAGAGAUAUAGAUGAGAAGAAAAAGAAUAAAAUAUUUACUGAUAGAGAAAAAAUAUAUUCAUUGAAAUGAAAUCAUUUUUGAGUAAUAAAUUUAGCGGAUAUUAUCGAAAAGAAAAAUUUUAAGAAAAAAAUAGAUCUUGGUGUUUUUAAAAAUUUAUUUUUUUCAUUUUUCGAAAAAAAACAACCAAUUAAAGGAAAAAAAUUAAAAUUACUAUCUAUGCAUUUAUCAUAAUAUUGAUAUUAAAAAAAAGCAAAAAAAAAGAUAAUGAGAAGAAAGCGAUGAUGAGGAGAAUAUACUUAGAAUUAAAUGAAUUUUUGAAUUACAUAAAACAUAUAUAUUACUCUAUAUAUGAAUAUAUAAUAAAGAAUUAUCAAUCUAAUCAAUGAAAAGAGAAUGAAGCGAAGUUCGAGUAAACAAAAAAAAAACAACCUAUUAUUCCCGGAAAGGUGAAAAAGUAAAAGCGCAGUAAAAUGGAAGAAGAAAAAAAAACGUAUAAAAUAAUCAAAUUUUUAACUAUCUAAUCGAUUGCUAGUAUUUGUUGAAUGUUGUUAACUCCAAUUGCUAGCUUCUGUGUGACAUUUUCUUUAUCUCUUAGCCAAGGACAUAAAGACGGCGAUAAAAUAGAAAAGAGAAUUCUCUAGGACAUAGUUGAGAGGAGAUAAAUUGAGCAAACACAUCCCUGCAAACCAUUGUGUAACCCUUUCCUUUCUCCAUCGUGCAAAAUAACAAAAUUAAUUAAAUUUUUAUUCAGCACAGGAUUUUUUUUAAAGAAAAAAGUAACUAGGGCAAAAUGAGGUAAUUCGGAACAAUUUACAAUUUGGGAUAUUUGAGAUUUUUUCAUUGUUUCAGAUGGCAAAACGAUUAAGAAGAAAAGGAACAGCUUUUCUUCUCUUUGAAUCUCUAAAACUGUGAGAAAAUCUCAAAUGUCCCAAAUUGUAAAUAGUUCCAAAUUACCUAAUUUUACCCUAUUUUUAAAAUUAUUUUGCAAUUACACAGUUUUCUAGUAAUUAUUUUACUUAAAGUCCCAUUCACAUAAAGCAAAAUUGCAAUAAUUAUUUGUGUGAAAAAAUUUCAACCAAUAGAAAACGAGCAUUUUCAACAUGGCUGACAUUUCCUUGCAUUCUAUUGGCUGAUAUCUUUCCUUUAACAAAAUCAACCCUUGCAUUGAUGCUUUAUGUGAAUUGAGACGAAAACUGAAAUAUUUUCACUGUUUUCCCCUUUCGCUCAAUAAAAAAAAAAUUGCAUAAUCCUAAAUAAAAACAAAUUAAAAUGAGAAAAACAAUCUCAAACUAUACGAUAUUGCUAAUACUACAGAAAAAAAUACAUAACUAAUUACAAGAAAAAAAAAACAUUCAUAGAUAUUUGAGCAAGAAAUAAAAAAAAAUUCCAAUGUUCGAUUAAAGAUGCAAGAAAAAAAAUUAAACUAAUGGAUUAAAUGUAGAUGUAUUUGCUCGCUUAUUUUUGUGUAUUUUUGAGAGAUAAAAAAAAGAGGAAAAAAAAAAGAAAAUUUACGUAUAGAAAGUAAAAUAGAUACCCCAGAGAUUAUUGCUAUAGAUUUUUCCAUAUUUGAAGAAUAAAUUUUUGCAUCAAUUUAUUUGAUCGGAAAUUAAGUUAAUAACAGCACAAGAAAAAAAAUUGUAAUCUUCCUUUUUGGCCAUGCGCUCAAAAGUGUUGCGUUUUUUUUGCCAUAUUGAGACAAUUCCUUAGGACUUUAGAUGCUUUGUCACAUUCUCUAUGACAUAUUUCUGUGUAAUUUUUGUAUUUACUAAUUUUCUAGGUAUCUAAUUUGUACAUUUUUUCACUGAUUUUCGAGAAUAAAAGCGUUAUGUAAUAAA